GGGGCGCUGGCCGCGGUGCUGAAACGGCGCCCUCCGCGGACGGAGGAGGGGGCGGGGCUCUCGGGAGCCUUGAGCCGGGAAGGGAGAGGAGCAGGGCGGCGCCAGCAGGCCCGAGACCCUGGGGGGCUUGGGAGGCGGCAGGAUACUGGAGACAGCCUCGGCUAGAGUGGACACAGGCACCUGGCAAGCUUCCCCUGAUCAAACCAAGGUUGUCCUUGUCCUAUUAAGCCUCUUCCCCUUGCCUUGAAGGGACCUCACCUGGUGCCUUGACCUCAGCCUCCUCCCCAAACCCCGCUGGGGAGUGACCUGCUUCUAGGCCUCCAUCCACAAAGCCACGGACUUGCAGCCCACGGGACCCCAGCCCAGGGCCUGCUGCCCUCACCAUGGUGAAAUUGCUGCCGGCCCAGGAGGCAGCCAAGAUCUACCAUACCAACUAUGUGCGGAACUCGCGGGCCGUGGGCGUGAUGUGGGGUACACUCACCAUCUGCUUCUCUGUGCUGGUCAUGGCCCUCUUCAUCCAGCCCUACUGGAUCGGCGACAGCGUCAACACACCGCAGGCAGGCUACUUCGGCCUUUUCUCCUACUGCGUGGGUAACGUGCUCUCCUCCGAGCUCAUCUGCAAGGGCGGUCCCCUAGACUUCUCCUCCAUCCCCUCUAGAGCCUUCAAGACUGCCAUGUUCUUUGUGGCCUUGGGCAUGUUCCUCAUCAUUGGCUCCAUCAUCUGCUUCAGCCUGUUCUUCAUCUGCAACACGGCCACAGUCUACAAGAUCUGUGCAUGGAUGCAGCUGGCUGCGGCCACAGGUCUAAUGAUUGGCUGCCUGGUCUACCCUGACGGCUGGGACUCAAGUGAGGUACGGCGCAUGUGUGGGGAGCAGACGGGCAAGUACACGCUGGGUCACUGCACCAUCCGCUGGGCCUUCAUGCUGGCCAUCCUCAGCAUUGGCGAUGCCCUCAUCCUCUCCUUCCUGGCCUUCGUGUUGGGCUACCGGCAGGACAAACUCCUCCCUGACGACUACAAGGCAGAUGGAACUGCCCUUGGACUAGAAGAAGCAGCCAAACUCCUCUGUCCACUAUAA